AUGGAGACGGACGCAGUGGUAGUCGGUAAGCAGCUGCAUCGCUGGGAUCUGGUGCGAGCCGGGAUGCUAAAAAGAAAUAUUGCAGGCAAUGGGCCGUCGGCCAUGAUCCUGUCCUACAUUCUGCAUGGCCAUAUUCCAUAUUACACUUCAGAUCCCCCACAUCCAGAUCCGUUACUGGAUGCCAAACUACAGUCCACUCCGAAUAUCCUGCAAGCCGAUGUGGAUGCCCUGACGGCGCACUUCGCGGCGUCGCGCUUGUCCUACUCCACGCAGGCGUUACCCAUCAACGUGCUCCUAGAUACCCUAGUGCGACCCAGCCUGGAUAUCGAUGUCUCGAGCGACGACUCCAACGUGGAAUGGCGCCAUAUGCCGGAGAAGGCUGUUCCCCACCUGGUGUUCGGAAAGUCCGCGAUUCCCGGGGGACAAUGGACGGAAGAUACGCUCGGCGCCAGCUGGGAUAUCCAAACGUUGAGCUAUGCAGCCAUGCUCUCCCUGCCCGGGUACUCGUUCGCGGAGCACUAUCAGAAACUGACGGGCCAGGAGUUACCACCGUACACCCGCCCGACAAGGCGCGAGAUCACGGAUUACUUCCAAUCAUAUCCGGCAGCGGCCCAGAUCGAUGAUGUUUUUAGGUGCGGGGAGGAGUUGAGCGGCAUCACGCGCACGGCCACUGGCUUUUAUAUCAAGUCACACGAUCUCCAUUGCAAGCGAUUGGUGCUCGCGAGUGGAAUCUUCUCAAAGGCCCUUCCGCCCGGGCCCGUUCUUCGUCCUUUGCUGCAAACCUCGUCGACCCCCGCAGUGCCCUUACUGGUCAUAGGUUCUGGCUUCUCCGCUGCAGAUGCGAUCCUAUCCGCAUCUCCAGACCAAAAGAUUCUUCACGUGUUCAGAUGGUCGCCAGAGGAUCGACCAUCUCCCUUGCGAGGAUGCCACCAGCAAGCUUAUCCCGAAUAUGCGGGGGUGUACCGAUUGAUGAAAAGGGCCGCGUUGGAUGCGGCCGAAACGGAGGGCAACCGACCAAAAACCCGUCGAGUGACAUCCACCGGUUUUUGGGAGAGUCGGGAUUGGAGUCAAUUAUAUGAAGGUGUAGCCAAUGUCGAAGUGACAGCCGUGGACGUCAAGAACGAGUCUGCCAUCGUCACGUUCCGCCGCGCUGAUGGCUCAGAAUUCUCACGUACCGUCGCUGGUCUUGUCUAUGCGGCCGGUCGGCGAGGUUCUUUGAGCUACUUAGAUACCGAACUCAGUGCGGAAGUCCUCGGGCAGGCGGGCGCGGUAAACGCUCCGAUCUCAGCGCAGACGCUCCGCGCGAAGGCGUAUGAAAACCUGGAAAUCGCACCGGGUGUGCACAUUAUUGGCAGUCUGACUGGAGAUUCGCUGGUGCGAUUUGCCUAUGGAGGCUGUGUCGAUGCAGCCAGGCAUAUCAUCCAUGGUUCGACUAGCCAACACCAAUCUCCCAGUACCUGCGGAAGUGCUGGGACAUCCCAUCCCCACUCUCCAUCAUUGACCGUGAUGAACGGCAUCGAUGGCCACCAGGUUUACCUAAUGGUACCUCAGAACUUACGCGGGAGGAAACUCUCAGCAAAGCAUCGACCAAGGGGUCUUCUUUUGGCUGGUGGGCAGCCGUUCGAAACAUGUGGAGGGAUCUCAUACGAUAAAUCAUCACAUAUAGAUCUCGUGAGAAACGAGGAUGUACUAGUAUAG